AUGGACAUUUGCGGUUGCGGGAGCAAAUUUUGCUCCAAGCAAGCCGUCGCCUCAUGUGGAUGGAAGGGCAUAUUCGACUCCUCCACUUGCACGAAUCAUAUUCUGGAAAUUGGCAUUUCUGCUCUGAUCAUCAUCAUUCUUGCGCUCCAGCUGCUCGUCAGGGUUACAAAGAGCAGAGCAUCUGCACGACAGCAGCUUGUCGCGCUCAGUUCGCCAAUGCAGUUGGCUGCUGUAGUGUUCAAUGGCUGCUUGGGUCUCAUUUAUCUUGGGCUUGCAUUGUGGAUGCUGGGGAGGAACUUCAAUAAGGUACUAACCAUGAAGGCUUGUUUAGAUGUUCUCUUCCUACCAGGUGCACUACUGCUCCUUGUUUAUGGCAUCUGGCACGUCAGGGAAGAUGGUGAUGGAGGAACUGAAAGUGCUUUAUACAAGCCCUUGAACACUGAGACUGUUGAUGAUGAAAGCGUGAUGUCAUUUUGGUGGCUAAAUCCUAUGAUGAAGAUGGGUUAUGAGAAGCCCCUUGAGGAGAAAGACAUGCCACUUUUAGGUCCCCCAGAUCGAGCAUACAGCCAGUACUUGAUGUUUCUGGAGAAGCUGAACAGGAAGAAGCAGUUGCAGGCUCAUGGGAAUCCGUCAAUCUUUUGGACUAUCAUUUCUUGUCAAAAAAGUGCAAUCUUGGUCUCAGGUCUCUUUGCAUUGCUCAAGGUUCUCACAUUAUCUUCAGGUCCGUUGCUUUUGAAAGCAUUCAUCAAUGUUUCACUUGGGAAAGGGUCCUUUAAAUAUGAAGGUUAUGUGUUAGCUGUAACAAUGUUCAUUUGUAAAUGUGGUGAAUCUUUGUCACAGAAGCAGUGGUAUUUCCGCACUCGGAGGGUAGGACUCCAGGUGCGGUCAUUCCUAUCAGCUUCCAUCUGUAAGAAACAACAGAAGCUAUCAAACUCAGCAAAAUUGAAGCAUUCUUCUGGUGAGAUCAUGAACUAUGUCACUGUCGACGCCUACCGGAUUGGUGAAUUCCCAUACUGGUUCCAUCAGACGUGGACAACAGGUGUCCAACUUUGCAUCGCUCUAGUGAUUUUGUAUAAUGCAGUUGGUCUUGCUACAAUUGCAUCACUGGGUGUCAUAAUUGUCAUUGUAGCUUGCAAUGCUCCACUGGCCAAGCUGCAACACAAAUUUCAGAGUAAACUUAUGGGAGCACAAGAUGUGAGACUGAAGGCGAUGUCAGAGUCCUUAAUUCAUAUGAAGGUCUUGAAACUUUAUGCAUGGGAGACUCAUUUCAAGAAGGUCAUUGAGGGGUUAAGGGAGAUUGAAAUCAAAUGGUUGUCAGCAUUCCAGCUUAGGAAAGCAUACAACAGUUUCCUGUUUUGGACAUCACCUAUUUUGGUUUCGGCUGCAACCUUCCUGGCAUGCUAUCUUUUGAAAAUUCCUCUUGAUGCUAGCAACGUCUUCACAUUUGUGGCCACUCUGCGCCUUGUUGAAGAUCCAAUUAGGCAGAUACCAGAUGUGAUUGGAGUUGUGAUACAAGCUAAAGUUGCUUUCACCAGGAUAACAAAGUUUCUUGAUGCGAAUGGACAAGUUCGGAAUAAAUAUUGUGUGGGGGAUGAAUAUCCAAUAAUGAUGAACUCUUGCAGUUUCUCAUGGGAUGAGAACCCGUCAAAACCAACUCUAAAUAAUAUAAAUUUGGUAGUCAAAGCUGGACAGAAGGUUGCAAUAUGUGGCGAGGUAGGAUCAGGAAAGUCAACACUGUUGGCUGCAGUUCUUGGAGAGGUUCCGAAAACUGAAGGCACGGAACUGUGCAAGACAAUAUUCUCUUUGGGUCUUCGAUGGACAGGCAAAGAUACCAAGAAACACUUGAGAGGUGAAAUGUUGCCAUAUGGAGACCGUACUCAAAUCGGGGAGAGGGGUGUAAAUCUUAGUGGUGGUCAGAAGCAGCGUGUUCAGAUUGCUCGUGCAUUAUACCAAAAUGCAGACCCUUUCAGCGCUGUAGAUGCCCACACAGCAACAAGUCUCUUUAAUGAAUAUGUCAUGGGAGCUCUAUCAGACAAGACUGUUCUUUUGGCGACCCACCAAGUAGAUUUUCUGCCUGUAUUUGAUUCUAUUCUGUUAAUGUCAGAUGGCGAAAUUAUUCGUUCUGCAUCUUAUCAUGAUCUAUUGGCAUAUUGUCAAGAAUUUCAGAACCUUGUAAAUGCCCAUAAAGACACUAUUGGUGUUUCAGAUUUAAACAGAGUGCCCCCCCAUAGAGCAAAUGAAAUAUCGAUCAAGGAGACAAUUGAUAUUCGUGGAAGCAGAUACAGAGAGUCUGUGAAGCCGUCACCAACAGAUCAACUCAUCAAGACAGAAGAAAGAGAAAUGGGUGAUACUGGUUUCAAGCCUUAUAUUCUCUACCUGCGUCAGAAUAAAGGCUUCUUCUAUGCCUCUCUGGGUAUUAUUUGCCAUAUAGUUUUUGUAUGUGGCCAAAUAUCACAGAAUUCAUGGAUGGCUGCUAAUGUCGAGAAUCCUGAUGUUAGUACACUUAAGUUGACUUCUGUGUACAUUGCAAUUGGAAUCUUCACGGUGUUCUUCUUGCUAUUUAGAUCAUUAGCAGUUGUUGUUCUUGGGGUCAAGACAUCAAGAUCCUUAUUUUCUCAGUUACUCAACUCAUUAUUCCGUGCACCAAUGUCCUUUUAUGAUUCUACCCCUCUCGGAAGGGUACUUAGCCGGGUUUCUUCAGAUCUGAGUAUUGUUGACCUUGAUAUUCCAUUUGCCUUCAUGUUUAGUGCUAGUGCCGGCAUAAAUGCAUAUAGCAAUCUAGGAGUAUUGGCUGUUGUUACAUGGCAAGUUCUGUUCGUUUCUGUGCCAAUGAUUGUUUUAGCAAUCAGGUUGCAGAGGUAUUAUUUAGCCUCAUCUAAGGAAUUGAUGAGGAUCAAUGGCACUACCAAAUCUGCUCUGGCUAAUCACUUGGGUGAGUCGAUUGCAGGGGCUAUAACAAUAAGGGCUUUUCAGGAAGAAGAUCGUUUCUUUGAGAAAAAUUUGGAACUUGUUGACAAGAAUGCUGGUCCAUAUUUCUAUAAUUUUGCAGCGACUGAAUGGCUGAUUCAACGUUUGGAGACCAUGAGUACUGCAGUUCUUUCUUUUUCUGCCCUUGUCAUGGCUCUUCUUCCUCAAGGAACUUUUAGCCCUGGGUUUGUGGGAAUGGCAUUAUCUUAUGGCCUAUCCCUGAAUAUGUCCUUUGUUUUCUCUAUCCAAAACCAGUGCCAGCUAGCAAGUCAAAUCAUCUCUGGAAAGGGUGAACCAAUUAGAUACAGGCAAGAUGCUCCUCUUGUACUACAUGGAAUCACCUGCACUUUCAACGGUGGAGAUAAGAUCGGUAUAGUUGGCCGAACAGGAAGUGGAAAGACAACUUUAAUUGGUGCAUUGUUUCGUCUGGUUGAGCCAACUGGAGGGAAAAUAAUUAUAGACUCCUUAGACAUCACCACAAUAGGCUUACAGGACCUGCGUUCACGUUUGGGUAUCAUUCCGCAAGAUCCGACACUCUUUCAAGGAACCAUAAGAUAUAAUCUAGACCCUCUUGGGCAAUUCUCGGAUCAACAAAUAUGGGAGAUUUAG